GCAAGCACCAUAACGUUUUAUUCUUUCGCAUAACAGCUACCACUACCAGCCACACCCACACCGCUCCAACGUCUACCCACAGCAGGCCCCGUAGAACCUCCGUCAUCUUCUCCGGCUGCCAAAGCGCAGCUUCUUCGCGCCUCUUCCACCGUAUUACAGCUGUGGAGGUAGUCAUGUUCAGUUUUUCAGUUUGAUUUGAAGGAAUUUCUUGCGCAGAAGAGCUAGGGUUUCUUGGUGAGCUCUUCAGGUUGUGCAUCUAGGAAAUUGUGGUUUUUUGGAUUUGGGGCUUUUGUUUGCAGCCUUCAGAGCCAUGUGUAUUUGAGGUUAAUUUCAAUUUGAAAAAAAUCUCUGCCGCAUCUUGGUUCCUACAAUAAUUUUAGCUGCUGAAGUAGCUUUCAGCUGUCAAGGUUUCAAGCAAUUGAGUGUGUUUGCAAGUGCUUUUUGCUUUCAUCUAUUUCAACAGUGGGAACAUAAAUCUAACUGUGAGUCUUCUGCAUAAUUGGGAAGAUGUCAACUGCACGGCCUUUAAAGAAAUUGGUGUCCUGCAUUAUCCUUGAUUUGGAUGGUACACUACUGAACACAGAUGGUAUUGUAAGUGAAGUUUUGAAAGUUUAUUUGGGUAAGUAUGGAAAGCAGUGGGAUGGGCGGGAAGUUCAAAAAAUAGCUGGAAAAACACCACUUGAAGCUGCAAGUGCUGUUGUGGAAGAUUAUGGGUUAUCGUGUACAACGAAUGAAUUACUUUCAGAGAUUACCCCAUUGUUCUCCAAUCAGUGGUGCAACAUUAAAGCGCUUCCAGGUUCCUAUCGGCUACUUAAACAUUUGAGUGGUCAUAGAGUGCCAAUGGCAUUGGCUUCAAACUCUCCAAAGGAAAACAUUGAAACCAAACUUUCUUUUCAUCAGGGCUGGAAGGAAUCUUUUUCAGUCAUCAUUGGUGGUGAUGAAGUAAGUUUGGGGAAGCCAUCUCCUGAAAUAUUCCUUGAAGCUGCUAAAAGGCUCAAUGUUGAACCUUCCAGCUGCCUUGUCAUUGAAGAUUCUCUACCAGGUGUUACAGCUGGAAAGGCUGCUGGAAUGGAGGUGGUCGCUGUACCCUCCAUCCCAAAGCAGUCACAUCUCUAUACAUCAGCGGAUGAGGUGAUAAACUCUCUGCUUGAUUUGCGACCUGAAAUGUGGGGCCUACCUCCUUUCCAAGAUUGGAUAAAAGAUACUUUACCUAUAGAACCUUGGCAUAUUGGUGGUCCAGUUGUUAAGGGAUUUGGUCGGGGCUCAAAAGUACUCGGGAUCCCUACAGCGCACUGCAUCUUUUCUUCAGCAAAUUUAUCCACAGAAGGAUAUGCAUCUCUUCUUUCCGAACAUCCCUCGGGAGUAUAUUUUGGUUGGGCUGGAUUAUCAACACGGGGUGUCUUCAAAAUGGUCAUGAGUAUUGGUUGGAAUCCUUAUUUCAACAACACCGAAAAGACCAUAGAGCCAUGGCUGCUUCAUGACUUCGAUGAGGAUUUUUAUGGGGAAGAACUGCGUCUUAUCAUAGUUGGCUACAUACGGCCUGAGGCGAAUUUCUCAUCGCUUGAGAGCUUGAUAGAAAAGAUUCAUGAGGACGGGCGAAUUGCGGAGGAAGCUCUUGAACUUCCGUUGUACUCAAAGUACAAGGGCGACUCAUAUCUCAAAAUUUCUGCCUAAGGAUGCUACUGCCUUACUCGAAGCGCGCUUUCGCUGCACCUGAUGGGCUAUAACAAUAAUUGAAAUUGUACACUCAUUAUUGAGGAAAUUCUAUGUCCGUUCAUGAAUGUAAUAUGAAUACACACACAUUAGUCACAAUCAGUGCUUAAAAUAUUGGUAUCAUUGGAAAUAUCGAUGGAUAUAUUGAUAUUGAUAUCAGCUGCCUUUGAUGAAAAUGAUGAAAUUUGCUCAAAAAGGUGAAAAUUAAAAUGAAUGAUA